AUGGCUCCUAUUAACGCUCAAGUUUCUGAGGCGAACGGAAAGACACCACAGGAUGUGGUGAUCAUCGGCUCGGGCCCUGCCGGCCACACUGCCGCCAUUUAUUUGGCUCGAGCUAAUUUAAGCCCUGUCAUGUACGAGGGCUUUUUGGCAAAUGGCGUAGCUGCUGGCGGUCAACUCACUACCACGACAGAUAUUGAGAACUUCCCUGGCUUCCCUGAUGGGAUUGGUGGUUCAGAAAUCAUGGAUAAAUUCCGUGCGCAGUCUGUGCGCUUUGGAACUACCAUUCAUACCGAGACAAUUUCGAAGGUGGACUUCUCUAGUCGACCAUUUAAGCUCUGGCGUGAAGGGCAUGAAGACGAAGAGCCCGAGCUUGCUAAAACUGUGAUUAUCGCAACUGGUGCCUCGGCACGCCGAAUGCACCUACCAGGCGAAGAAACUUAUUGGCAAAGCGGUAUCAGCGCUUGUGCUGUAUGCGAUGGUGCAGUUCCUAUCUUCCGGAAUAAGCCUCUUGCCGUGGUUGGUGGCGGUGACUCCGCUGCAGAGGAAGCCACCUACUUGACCAAGUACGCCAGCCAUGUGUUUGUUCUUGUUCGUCGGGACGAGCUGCGAGCCAGCUUCAUUAUGGCCAAGCGUCUUCUUUCGCACCCUAAGGUCACUGUUCUGUUCAAUACCAUUGUGACAGAGGCUAAGGGUGAUGGGGAGCUACUUACGGCCAUUCGCACGAAAGACACUAAGACAGGCGAGGAGAAAGAUCUCCAGGUGAAUGGCCUCUUCUAUGCUAUUGGUCAUAUUCCUGCUACUUCUAUCUUCCAAGGUCAGAUGGACCUGGACAGCGAUGGUUAUAUCCUCACGAAGCCGGGCACUUCAUUGUCCUCUGUCCAUGGCGUCUUUGCGGCUGGUGAUGUGCAGGACAAGAAGUACCGCCAAGCUGUUACAUCAGCAGGCAGCGGAUGCAUUGCUGCAUUGGAUGCUGAGCGCCUCCUCGCCGAAGAAGAGUCUACCUCACAUUAA